UUCGGACUCUGCAGUGGAGAAAGUGCGCGUCCGUCCACCAGCUCUUUACGCACCGAGCUGUCUGUUGAUGUGAGCAGCAGGAAAGACACUCAACUGGGAAGUCGCGCAUUUGUGGCGGGGUGUGUGAAUCCAAUCAACCAUCAUCCAACAUGAAUAAUGUAUCCAACCGGACCGCUAACCUGUGUGACGGCGAACCUCCGUUCGCUAUCGACAACAUCCGAAAUCAGGACGUAUUUGGCAUUAUUUUGUAUUCAGUCCUCACCUUCAUGGCAACGAUUUCAAUGCUGGUCUUCCUGGAGGAGUGUGUGUACAUUUACAAGAAGGUGCCUGCCAACAAGAAGAGUGCAAUCAUCUGGGUGAACGGGGCAGCUCCGGUGAUCAGCACCAUGUCCUGCAUAGGGAUGUGGAUCCCCAGAGCCGUGAUGAUUACAGAUCUGACUUCGGGCACCUAUUUCGCCAUCGUGGUGUUUAAGUUCCUGAUUAUGAUGUUGGAGGAGAUUGGAGGGGACGAGGCCUUCCUGAAGCGGUACAGCAAACACAAACUGAAGAUCAGCACUGGGCCUUGCUGCUGUUGCUGCCUCUGUCUCCCACACGUGGCCAUCACACGACGCACUGUCUUUCUGCUGAAGCUUGGAUCCUUCCAGUUUGCCCUUCUGAAGCUUAUCUUCACCCUCCUUUCCAUCUUCCUGUGGACCAACGGAAAUUACAACCCGCAAGAUAUGAGAAUUACCGGAGCAGCGAUAUGGAUCAACCCAUUUGUUGGCAUCUUGACGGUCACUGCUCUGUGGCCCGUCACCAUCACUUUCAUGCACCUGAGGAUCACCUUGCGAACGCUCAAGAUCGUCCCCAAGUACGCCAUGUAUCAGCUGGUGCUGAUCCUGAGCCAGCUGCAGACGGCCAUCAUCAACAUCUUGGCCAUGAACAGAGUCAUCGCCUGCUCUCCGCCUUUUUCGUCUCCCGCCAGAGGAUACAUGCUGAGUCAGCAGCUCCUCAUCCUGGAGAUGUUCAUCAUCACUCUGGUGACCCGGCUGCUGUACCGACGACAGUACGACCCUCUCCCAGAAGAAGAACCGGGCGACAACGAAAACACCAAGUUGACGACAUUAGCGGUUUCUGCGUGAGGCCUGGAUGAAUGUGUGUGUCUGAGAGUCUCUACGUGUUGGUUUGAUGAGGAAAUUAUGUAAAGCCGCAUUGAUCAAUAAAUAUGAAAUCGAUGUAAAUGAACUUGGAGGUUGUGCAGCUGGCUGACUGGAACACUCAGGUCAUUUUUUUUUUUUUUUUUAGCAAUAUUCACCUUCAGACUGAGGAAAGCUCAGUUGGAAAGCUCAUCUUUGUAACCUCUUGGACAUAAACACUAUUGAUGCUGAUAUAGCUGAGGCAACUUUGUACGGGUGCUGUGAAUAAUUGUCCUUCGUCCUCUGAUGGCACCUUAUUGAAAUUUUUGGCACCUUUUUAAAUGUAAAAAUCUUUAGUUUUUAGUCUCCAAACUAUGUGAGGCUUUUAUACAGUUCUUUUUUUUUUUAAUAGUCCUUUCAAAGUUCAGGUUAACUGUUCAGGUUUUAUUCUCAGGCAUGCUUUCUAAGGAUGCUGAGUGUAAAGUUAAAUCAGUAAGUUCAAGCUGGCCAGUCCUUGAGACUGUGAAGCCCAAAUUAACACCUCCACCACUGUGCAUCACAGCAGAAUGAGUAGCUCAUCAAGGAGCGUGUCAUUGGUCUGUACUUUUCGCUGCUAUUAUUGUUUUCAGAUUCUUAUUUUGACUUUGGAUCAGGUUAAGACUACACUUCUGAGAAAACUAUUAUCUCUGACAAUAUGUUCACUGUUUAACUUUAUAUUUGCCCUGCUGUUCUUUUCCAUCAUCGACUGUCUGCCCCGUUUUCCCCUCUCAGCUGCAGUUGGUCAGAUGACAUAUCAAUGUUUCAAAGAGAAUCAAAUAGGGUUUUUUUAUUAAUCUUUAUUUCAUUGCUAUUAUGAGUAUAUAGUACAUUAUGCCUGUAUUGAAUUUGUGCCUUUGUGGUUAUAAAUGUUGGGAUCUUUACCUUACAGAGAUUUAAAUAUCCCUCCAUUUUCCCUUGAAGUGCGCUCCUUGUAACAUGUGGAACAGCUUUAUCGUACGAAUGAUGAAACAAAGUGGAAGUCGGAAGCCAAAUAUAUGUUGGAGGAGAACAUUUUGGAGUUGUUAACCAAUGCCACUGUUGAUAAAAUUGCUCGUAUUUUUAAGCAGGAUUUUGUUUCCUCGUUUGUGUGCUGCUUUUAGUUCUGAGUGGAAACAAAAGGAAACAAAACUUGGUGUCUCUCAGGUUCAUUUGCCUUUCAGUUUUUUAACAAACAACUCUAAAUUAGGGAAACCGAAAAAAAAAAAAAAAAAAAAAAAAAAGAAAAGCCAUAUAAAAUAUAUCAAGCAAAAUUGGUUACCUAAAGGAUGUAGAGGGGAAUUCAGUUUAGCUGCAUUGAAUGUGAAACAUACUUUUCAUGUAUUUUUUUUGUUUUGUUUUAUUUGUUUUUACAUUUGUUAUUAAAUGUUUCCACUUCAACUUCAUGUGCAGGUUGUUUUGAUAUCUUUGACAUUUAAUUUGAGAAUUGCAAAAAAGAAUUUACAGAAAUAAAUGCAUUAAUGGUCUCCAAAACCUGCUUGAACUCUGUGUGGAAUUAAACCCAUUUCCCUCAGUCUGUUUUUUAUUUGAACUACAAAUAAAACAACUUGACCAUU